UUUUUCCUAUAUAUCUCGAAAUGGUAAUACAAUUGUGAGAAAACGCGUAGUAUAGUUUGUGCAAGAUUAAAAUGUUUUCUGUGAAAUAAACCAAGUCUUUUGAUUUGAAUAUUGAUACAGACUGCUCGCAAUGAUGGAAUAAACGCCUGUUGUGGGGGGAAGCAACUUAUCAGCAUCAUGUCAUUGCAGCCGCAACCGCAGCAGCCGCCACCGUCGUCGGCGUCGACAGUUGCAAGCGGCAGCACGUCGGGCAACCAUCAAUUGCUGCGCCCCCAAACGCUGGCCGCGCCAGAGCGUGAGCCCGUUGAGUUCAACAUCAAUUUGGUGGGAGCACCGCCCGAAGUGGAACAGCUGGUUCAGCAAAUUAAAUGCGUUGCCGAGCAGUUUUUAUAUCACUGGAAGAGUUUUCCGAUUGUUCUGCCCGAACCAUUGGCGACCAGCACUCUUAAUGUAACGGCCAGUAAUACGACAAACAGUGUGAGCGGUCGCAGAAAGCGUCCCAUUAAUCAGAGUGACCUAUUUAUAGCGCCGCCCUUUGAUGAAUUGGAUGCUGUUGCCUCCGAUGGCAGCGGCGAGCCGCGUCGCCUCACAAAUGCACAAUUGAAAAGUUUGCGCGAAACUGGCUUGCAAAAGGAUAAAUAUGGAAAGCCGAAGAAAUUAACUUUGGAACAAUUGGAAACAAUACGUAAAAAUGGUGAAUUCGACGUUCCCAGUUUGCAUUUUACUGGCCAGGUCCACAAGUGGCGCCUCUCUCAACUCCUGCAAAAGGGCACCCUACGCGCCCAUGAUUCCUUCUUAAGCGACCUGGCGUUGGCAGCACGCUUCGUAGUCGUCACAGCCCGGGCCCGCAUCUUCUCCCACUUUUUUUCUGUGGUGCAUGCAAUGCAUGCUCUGCUGAAUGCACUCAUCAGGCUAGUAGACAUGUUUAUCGGUGUGCCCGCAUUGCUGGCCCACAAUCUGGACUACAAGAUUAAGGAGGAGCGCUGCCGCUUCCUCAUAGCUGAGCUGGUGUGUCGGCCGGAGUUUGAAGACUGCCUAGAUGGCCUCUGCUCCUAUGUGCGAAAAAUGCUACGUCGAGCAACGAUGGAAAAGUUCGAUUUCAACAGCUGCGAGGUGACACAGCCGGUGCCAUACCUGUUUCUGACACCUAAAGGCCAAGAGAUCGAUCUGCGCCUGUUCUGCCGGGACAUAAUGCGUAAAGCACUUCCCAUCCUAGUGGGAAUACUGGAGCGUGAGACACGAGGCUGGUUUUUGCACUUCCGCGAACGACUGAUUGCCGAGCUACGCGCCAAGAAACUAAACGACAAGGAAAUCGAGGAGGAAGUUAACGAUGCAGUCAUGAAAGAAUACCUGCAGCGUGUGUAUAGCUCCAUCAUGUCCAAUGCCAAGCUGGCCGAACUUGGUAACGGCGUGCCGCAGCUGCUGGUGGAUCAGGCCCAGUCGGUUGUUAUUAUGUACAAGGCCGUUGACAAGGUGCAACAGGAUAUCAAGCGAACUCGCGAGGAGCACCAGAAGUGCUUGGCCAACGAUCACUCAGUACUGUCACGCGUUGCGCCCUGGCUUCGCUCCAAGCUGCGAAACGCAGAACAGCACAAGCUGUACAAGUGUGCCUGGUCAGCGCACGAGGAAGCACUGAAGAUGUGUAGCCAGCACAAUCUGCAGCAGACUGCCUACUUUCUGUCACGCGAUCUGGCGUUCAUGAAGGAGCGUGAGCCAGUGCUGCUGAAAGAGCUGAAGAAUGCCAAGACGCCUACGCGUAGUUUCCAAUGGGCAUGUCGUAUCUGGUCGCCACAGGCGUGGAUCAUCAGGCGCAAUUUUCAGGGACAAUCGGAUGUGAUCCCCACGGUCAUCAGUCAGCAGGCUACAUCGAUAGUCACGCCACGUUCCGAUCCUAGCCAACCUGUAUUUCUGGUUGAGAAGGAAAUGAUACGCACCACCAGCACGCGUUGGCCCUUUUGGCGUUUGUUGAAUCUGUUGCAACGCACCUGGUGCUGGACUUGGAACAUGAUGUUUUUGCUCGGAAUUCUUGUGCCCUGGUGUAGUCCGCUGGGAUUGCGGGCACUCUUCUGCAUUAAGCCCUUCAUGCCCGACCUGGAAUUGUCUCAAAUCAAUGGCACCCUGUUUCCGCGCAAAACCAGCAUCACCCAGACUCUAGCCUCGCGGCUAAUCGAACUCUGGCGACACAUAUCAAAAUCGCGCACUCAUUUCGAAACUGAACCUGACACAGGUUUCAUUGGCAAGGGCUUGACACGCAAUUUGAACCGCACUUGGAAUUACUUCGUGAAAGGAUUUCUGGGCACUAUUGUAAUUCUAUUCGCAUUCCCGAUAAUAUGCCUGGCGACCUGUUUGCUCAGCAUUGGUUUGGCAUUGAGUGCACCUCUGUGGAUUCCAGUGUUUGUGCUCCUGUUGCACACCUACAUGAUAUUAAUUUAUGACCUCGAUGCACCGGACAACACUAGAAAUCGUUACUGCAUUCUGCUAGAGGUGCUCAUAUGGAACUUUUUGAUCCAGGGCCUGCUCCAGCCGCUGGUGGCGAUUUUGGUGGCCACGUUGCUUUGCCCGCUCGCGGCAGGUGUCGUUUUAAUAGUUGGGGUUGUGCGUUAUACACUGCGGUUGCUGUGGGAUUCUGUGACGUUCCAUUUGUUCAUUAAGAAGUGCGGACGUGUGCCCGCAUCGGAUAGCAUUGCUGUAAAGCGGAUCGCUGGGCCCGGGUUGGCCUUGGACUAUUACUUUAUCAUACGGCCGGAACAGGCGUUGGCAGCACUAGAGGCUAAAAUGGAACUGGACGAACUGCAGGCAUAUCAGCAUGCUACCGAGCGUGUAAUAUUACAGCCACAGCAGGAUUUUCUGCAAUUUGUCGAAGCCUGUUUUGGUCCAUUUUCCGCUCAGUUGUCGAAAACUGGUCCAUAUUUAGCGCUCGACCGCGAGGCACAAGACCUAAUGAGCUCGCUGCACGAAAAGCUGGAGAAACGGCGCAGGGAGCUGCAAACCAGUCUCAGCACUCAGGUCAAGUCGCGGAUUAAGCUGAACACCAAAGAAUUGAAGAUUGUCAUACAACUGGCCGCCCAUUUACUCGAAAAAUACUAUCCGUCUCAUGUAGUUGGUAGGCUGUCGAUUAGUGAAGAAGAAUUUUGGGACAACAAAGGUCUCUCGGUUAACGACUGGCCAGGUCUCGCGGGUCUCAUAUAUACCGAAAUAUUUAGUUUAGAUUUUCUAACGCCAUUGACUGAAAACGACACGCAUUUUAAAUUAGAACCACAUGCCUCGCUUGAUUUAAUGCGCUAUACGGAGAUGGUGAAGAAUGCCAACGAUGUGAUCGGUUCCAAAGGGCUGGAUUUGCUGGGUAAUGUGUAUGCACCUCGCGGCAACGUCCAGGUGCAUUUACCAUUCCUCGAAGUAACCGCAUUUAAUCCGCGUUCACGCAUCACGUUGACUUUCCGCAAACCCGAGAAGCGUGACAUGUCCGUGGGUCUUACAACGCCACGAGUGCGCGCCCAUCGUGCUCAGCACGUGCCGAAAACAACGCCAGAAGCCAAACGGCCUUGGCGUCCAUGGAAACAGAAAAACGCGGAGCGAAGCGUCACGGAGAAACUGUUGAUACCGUUGCCAGUGCCUCAUCCCGUACAUAUUGCCAUUGCUAUUUAUAACCGCGAUACAGAGCAGCCCAUACCGUUGGACUCUGAGCUCGUCUGGGAGAUACUCAAGUCCAUUGAAGACUGCCAGGGUGGCGAUGCAAUGGCUGUGCAUUCGGUAGCGCGCUAUCAUGGGGCCGUCCUGGAGUCUAGCAAUGAUUCGCUUGCCAGUAGCAGUAGCAUUGGCAGCACGCGUGAAUCUGGUUCCGGCUCUGUGUCUGGCUCAGCGUUAGGCAACGGCACAGAGACUUUGCCUUGUGGAAAUCGUGAGGUUUGCACACAGGUAAAAGUUGAUGCUACGCCUGCACCCAAUGCAUCUGGCUUUCACUGGACCUUGAGCAAUUGGGGUGCAGCGCAGACGGCGCGCCGACGCACCAAUUCCAACGUGCGCGUCGAUUUGGCCAGUCCCGAGGAUAUAUCACUGGAUACAGACAGCUCGCGUGCUGUGUUUAACAAUGCAUACGGCACUACAGUGUAAUAGCUUCAAAUUAUUUUGGGCACAUAAUAUAUAUAUAAUAUAUAUACAUAUACAUAUAUAUAUUAGAUAUAUAAAUAUGAUUAUGUAUAGAUUCAGAUGCACUUCUUACAAAAAAGAAAGGAACAUUCAAAUUAUUUGCAUUAUCCAGUUAGGCAUUUGUGUAUGACACGCAUAGCAAGUGACAUUUCUCGAAUUAGUAGCUUUAUUUAAUUAAAUUUGACUCAUUAAAAAAGGCUAUGAAAGGCAGCAGGUCACUGAGGGAUGUCUGUUUGCUGGGGCUCGAUUCAGCCAUUGCAGUUAAAUGCUAGUUAAAAUGUAAUAUCUAUCCAUAUACAUCAUAUAUAUGUAUAUCUAUGUUUACAUAUGCGCAUAUGAUAUACAUACAUAAAUGAGUUGUUAGCAUAUAAACGUAUACACCCAUAUAUAUAUAUACAUAUACAUAUACAUAUAUAUACAUUGCAAACACACAAAGCAACAAACUUAAAUCUAGUCGCCAGCAACUUUUAUGCAGCAAUUUAACUCAAACUUUUCUUAUGCAACUAAUUAAUAAUACUAAACAGCGAACGCUUUAUAUGUAUGGCUUCGAUGAUGAUUUUACAGCAAUUCUAGUUUAUAUAAUAGUUUAUACUUUCAUUCGAAUAUUCACAGUUCAAUUAACAACGACUUGUGGUCCAUUAGUAUAUUCCAUCGGAAUUUCAAGAUAAUUGCCAUUUUUGUAGAAUGCUUGAAUAUUUUAUACAACUUUGAUACUCUUCAAUCAUUUGCAUAAGACGAAAAAUAUAUUUUUGCAGUUCAUCCUGUGUGCGAAUUACUUGAAAAGAAAACCUUAAAGUUUUAAACGAAAUGAGUUGAUGGUUUCAAAGAUAGAUUUUUCGAAAACAUGCCGCUCGACCGACCAUACAAUAUUAUGCAAUAUAUACAGUAUCGAUAGGCCUUUUUGAAGGCAGCUGAAAUAUUAAUUGUUAAUCAACUCCGUAUAGAGUAGAUAGGUGUUUUUUUUUUUGCAAUCAGAUUAUCAUUUGAGACGACAAACUCAAUUAUAUAAGAUAAAAAUAAGAUUGGAAAAUAGUAACAGAUUCAGGUUGAUAAUAAUGGACUGUGGAAGCAAAUACAGAAACUAAAGUGUUCAAUUUAUGCCUUGUACGAUUGAAUGUCCAUUCCAUAUUCUAUCAAUAUUGUAAUCCAUCAACCAAUCAAUUACACAUCAAACGAUACUAAAUUCAUGUCCAUGCAAUUCUUAUGCCUACCUACUCUUGAGUUAAUUAACAACACAAAAAUCAUACGAACAAGCAAGCAUAAAUAACAAAAAAUAUAAUAUCAGAGUACCAUAAAAUAUAAAUUUUUAAGCAGAAGGUAAUUCAAUUCAAAUAGUUUUUAUUUUAUUUUUUUUUUGGGAACGAUCAAUAGAUUAUUUUAAUAAGGAGUGUGUAUUCAAAGGAUAUAGUAUUUUAACCGAUGGCACACUGUGCAAUGGCCAUGAGAUUUUCUUUGUACCUAAACAAUACAAAAAUUUAAUUUUAGCAAUCAAAAAUAACAAUAUUAAAAAUGCCACGAAUUGUACUAAGCAAAGAUUGUUAAUUAAUAUUAAAUAUGGUAUGACAACUAAUUUAUAUAAAUUAAUAUACAUGAAAAAACUAUUACUAAACUUAAACCUGCAUGUAUAUGAAACUCUGUCUUUGCAAAUACUACUACUGAUACUAUUUCUUCUUUGUCUCUUCCAAACACUAAUACGAAUUAUAAAUGAUAGUAAUAAUAAUUAACAAACUAACGUACAACAGCAUUAAACAAAAGGCAGUACAUUGUAAUUUAAAAACUUUUCAUAUUUAUAUAAAAAUAUAUAUAGCAAAAGAAUACAAAUCAUACUUGUUAACAAUAAAAGAUAGAAGUAUCUGUCGCUUUCCAUGUCAGUUGUAUUACCUGUAAUACCAAUCCCUCCCCCAACGUAUAGUACAUGUGCCCUCCAAGUUUUUACCAAAUUUUCCCCUUUUUUAUAUAGAGUUAUGUUAACUUCAAAGUAUUAAUUUAUAGUACCUACACUUUACACUACUUACUGAUUUCAAUCAUAACUUCGGCAGCUUCCAAUACUAUUUUAAGAUUGGCAAAAACAUUUAUUAUUUUAUCUUCGUAUAUCCACUAUCAUAACAAAUUAUAUGUUGGCCCAUGCUUCAGUUUAACGGAACGAUUUAUGUUUAUAUAAUUAUAUAUACAUACAAUUCAAAACAAAUACAAUUUUUAAUGAAAGCAUUUGUCAAAAAGACGUUCCAAAACAUUUAAAUUGAAUAUGGGUCAAAUGCGCUUUUACAAUGAUUUUAAGCUAGCGUAAAUCGAAUCAGAUCUUUACAUACAUGCAUACAAAUAUACAAACAUACAUACAUAAAUAUGUAGUUAUAGAAUUAAAAACAUACAAAUUAAAAGAAAAAAUGAAGCGAUAAUCUCAGCAGCGCAUUGAACAAUUUUAUGAAAGUGAACAGUAGUUUAAUAAUUAUUUAAUAAAAAUGUUGAAUAAAAAAUAAA